CACUUCCCGGACGUGGUGUGCGAAGGUAGUACAUUCUCUUACUUUGUUCAUCCGCAAUGUCCGCCAGUCUGUACAGCGUCCCGACAAGUCCCACGUGUGGGUUCGUCCGUUCGGUGGCGAAGCACCUCGACGUGAAGCUAUGCGUGAAGAAUCUGGAUUUCUCUAAGAACGAGCACCUCUCCGAGGAUUACGUGAAGCUUAACCCCUUCGGGAAGGUGCCCACGCUGGAAGAUAAUGGAUUUAUUGUGCACGAGAGCGCUGCCAUCGCCUAUUACCUGCUCCGCAAGUACGCCCCUACGUCACAGUUGUACCCGGACUGCCCGAAGAAGCGCGCCCGUAUCGACCAGAUCCUGGCCACCAUCGCCAGUACUAUUCGGCCUCACUUUGUGGAAUUUUGCCGCCAAGUCUUCUGCGAGGACAGAAAACCCACGGAGGAGGAAAAGGCCUUGUUCAAUCGUACCGUCGUUCAGGGCUUAGAGCAUCUCAUCGAAGGACCGUUCGCAGUUGGCGACAGUCUCACUCUCGCCGAUCUGUGCAUCAUCGCCAACCUGACGGUCGCUUUGACAAACGGCUUCGUGGACAUCGACAAUUACCCCGCCUUGGAAGCGUACUACGAUCGGAUUAUAGAGGAGCUUCCCUACUUCAUGGAGAUCUUUGGAGAAGCCUUCGGUAGCAUCCAGCAGCGUUGGUCGCAGCUCCUUGACCGUCCUGUUUCUCCGAUGUCUGAAGGCUCUGAGCCAGUCAACGGCCAGCGCCCGUAACAACUACGCAUCUAAAAUAAACUUUCC